UCGUUACCCACGUGUGUGUCCAUAUGAAUGUGUUGAUGUUAGCGGGCUCGGUGGACUCCUGUCUCGAGUGGCUGUCUUAGUUGUUGUUUUAAUAGGAGGGGAAGAGGAGGACCGGUUCCGUCGUCGACAUGGAUCUCGCCGCCCGGGAUUCGUACAUCCAGAAGCUCGCCAGCAAAGUGUUCUCUCCCCGGGAGCCGGAGCCCAAGAACAAGCCGUUCGCAUAUUUCAAGGGUAAAAAUGACACCGGACCUCCACAGAAGAAGAAAAAGUGUAAGAAGAAGCAUUUCAAAGAGAAGGGCCCCGAUGAGAAGAGACCGGAUCCUAAAUCCCAACAGAAGCCGCCCCCGUCCACGGCGGCACCCAAAGGCUCCGUGAAACUGAACGGGUCCAAAGCUCAGAGCGCCAAUGCACCCCUAGAGUCCAACUUCUCCACGGUCGAUGUUCUACGCAAGAGACUUCAUGAAAAGAUCGAAGAGUCCAGAGGACAGGGAGCCCCGAAGGACUCGGCGUCGGAGGCGGUCCAGGCCAAGCGAGCGAAAAGAAAGAUGGAACGGGAGCGCAAGAAGAGGAAGAGGAAAGAGUUUCAGCUGAAGAAAGCGGCCGAGGAAAAAGCCCGAGAGCAGCCGCCGCCGCCGGCGCCGGAGGUGAAACAGGAAGCGGAGCGCGCGCCGGCCGCGAACAAGAGGAACGAGACGGCCAUCGUGUUCAACACGGUGGAGACGGUGGAGGAGGGCUACGUGGACAAGAUGCAGAAGAAGAAGAACAAGAAGCUGAGCAUGAAGGGCAAGCUGACGCCGCUCACGGGGAAGAACUACAAGCAGCUGCUGGGCCGCGUGGAGGCCCGCAAGGCGAAGCUGGAGCAGCUGAGGGAGACGGACGAGGGCAAGGCGCGCGUGAUGGAGGAGAAGAUGAAGUGGACCAACGUGCUCUACAAGGCCGAGGGCCUCAAGAUCAAAGACGACGAGGCCAUGCUGCGCUCGUCGCUGAAGAAGAAGGAGAAGAGGCACGAGCGGCGGCAGAAGGAGUGGGGCGAGCGCAGCGAGAACGUGGUGGACAAGAUGCAGCGGCGCCAGGACAAGAGGCGGAGGAACAUCCAGAAGCACACGAAGGUCAAGACGGAGAAGAAGAAGGACCGGGCGAGGAAGAGGGGCCGGGUGCUGCCCGAGGACUUGAAAAGAGCCGCGGUGUAGAGGGAUAAAAUAUAAAUGCAUCGUAGGCGAUGUUUUUUUAUGUUUGUUUUAUUUUGUUCUUCUUCUUCUCUGGCGGUGUGAUUUAAUUACACGCUGCGACGGCGCCGCUUGUACCUUUUUCGAGGAGUAACGUGAUGUGUGUGUGUAAUGUCAAUAAAAUGUGAUUCUUAUGAUGAACACGAA